CUUCAGAGCCAUCCAAACGAGCCCGGACCGCCUAUACGAGCGCCCAGUUAGUGGAGUUGGAGAAAGAAUUCCACUUCAACCGAUACCUUUGCCGGCCUCGUCGAAUCGAAAUGGCUGCUCUGCUCAACUUGACGGAGAGGCAGAUCAAAAUCUGGUUCCAGAACCGACGGAUGAAAUUCAAGAAAGAGCAAAGGUCAAAGAAUUCUCUAGACAAACACGGCCCCAAGUCGGAGGGAAGUUUUUCAGGAAGUGACACGGAGAACUCUUCAUGUCAUGGCAUGCCGGGGCUAGGAGGAGAUAGAAGUCCUGGACUCAUGGACUGCCCAGUGAUCAAAUCGGGGGGAAGUGGGGGUGGAGGAGGGGGAGGGGGUAGUGGGGAAAAUAGCGAGCAAAGUGCUGGAAGCACUGCUGCUGGCGGUGGAGGAGGGGGAGGAGGGGAUUUGAACCCGCUUCAUCUGUCUCCGAAUUCAGCCCACCCGGGUGGCGACGCCCCGCCCCCGCAGCAUUUUCUGCAGCCUCGGAUCUCCUCAAGGGGAGGACACUCUCCAGGGUCGACUCUCAAUGACCUUGAAACGGUCCCAGGGUCAGGUUCGUCGUCCUGCAGCCUCCAAGGUCAAGGACUCCCAAUGCCGAGGUCUCAGAGUGGCGGCGGGAUGCGCCUUCCUCAUCAUGACCCCAGCGGGGGGCAUCCACUUUCCUUACCGCUCCACCACCAGCAACAGCAACAGCAGAAACAGCAGCACAUCAAGUGUGAGAGUCCAAGCUCUGGCGGAAGUAUGAUCUCACCGGCCCACCCCGUGGUGGCCAGCUCGCUCAAGCAACAACAGCAACAACAACAGCACCCACAGCAACCUCCUUCUUCAGCCCACCAGCCGCAUCACGUACAGCACGAGAGCGCCUCGCCCCUCCCAGCCAACCACAGCCCCUACUCUCAACACCACAACCCUCAACAACAACAACCACCACCACAACAACAGCAGCAGCAGCAAGCGCCACCACACCCACCACCUCAUCACCAACCUCCUCAUCCGGGUAACCAUGGCAACGCCUUCGCCCACAGCCACCACCCUCCUCACUCCCGACACUACCCGCCCCCCAACAGCAAUAUGCUCGUGGCCGGAAGUAUGUACUCAGACAUCAACCCACUGGAUAACCACACGCAUGCGCAUAACCCCAUGACGUCACAUCCGGGUAUGGGCUCGCCCAUGAAUUGCUCAAUAUCCUCCAUGGGAUACGGACACGGUUCCUACGACUAUAUCCCCAAACUCACCCAUUUAUAGUCGAUGAAUGAAUUAAGGACUAGACGAUCGUGCCACUCUGUCGUUCACGGGUUGUCUUAUCAAUCAUAAUUAUUAAUGAAAACUAACUUUUUGUAUACAGUUUGCUUUUUUUUCCUCUUUGAAGGGACAAAAAGAGAAAGGAGAGGUUCAAUUUGAACGGGCGUAAGGCGAUAGUGGCUUAACUACCUGGGAAUACUUGUUUUUUUAUUUGCUGAUUUGUCUGACAAACUGACUGAAAAAAUUGCUACGAUUGUUGUACUUCUUGAUCUAAUUAUGUUGUCGUUUGUUUGUUUUUUGUUUGUGAAAAAGACUGGAACUCGACAAGUGUGUGAUUUUGAAGGCAGGCACCACACUUCAGUGUUUCAAGUUUGUCUGCACAGAAGAGAGCUAAAUAGAAGACUUUAUUUUUGACGAGAAAAGAUAAAUUAUAUCCUAAAUUAUAUUCAACAAAAUACUUACUAUGGAAAAGCUGAAUUUGUCAACAAAUAGUAUUUGUAAGAAAGAAAAAGUAUCAGUUUAAAAGAAAAUAUUUAUUCCUUUACAUCUAGAUUUAUAUCUGUUUGUUACAGACAAGUAUAGUUCUAACAGUUACAAGGAUCAAUAAAUAGAAGCAUAAUAUUAAUUCAAAUAUUAUUUGCUCGACAUUUCAGGGUCCUGCGACGCAUUUUUGUGCUGUUGUAGAGUUACGCUCCAUGAUCCCUGCAAAACAGUUUCUUUUCAAUCUAUUUUCUGAAAGUCAGUUUUUGCUGUCAAUUAAAUUUGUGCUUAUCUUUAUUGGCGGCUUUUAGGGCUUUUCCCCCCUUAGAGACAAGACCAUAUAUCUGUACAAGAGUGUGGAUUCCUCGGUUUCUAAACUUAUUUAUCUAACCUGAAGGAACUCCAUGAAUAAAAACCCUUUCAAGGAAACGAAUUGACCUUAUGAUAAAGUGUCAAGUAAGGAUAAUCUUCCUAAUAUUGCACACGUAAGUUCAAUUCAAAAGCAGAACAAGUAUUUUGUCACGUAGAUUUGCGACGUUUUGUUGGGAUGUCUCUUUCAUGACCCUGGCGGGCUCUGGCGGGAAAAGCUUAAGCAGCCAGCUUCUUAGACUGUCUAAAUGGGUCAAUACUUGCGUUGAAUAGGCCUAAAACAUAAUUUACAUAACAGGGUAUGAUGCGAAUUUUUUGUCCAUUUCUUAAGAAUUCAGUUUACAUUGCCUCACGUCUAUCCCCCGUCUCCUAACAGUUUCAGUAAGUACAGCCAUAAAGAAACUUAAACAGGGGAUAGUGAAAGUGUAAGCCGUGGUAAUUUUAUACAUUGAAGUGUGAAUACUAUUUUUUAAGUGUCAAUGUUUCAUGUGACUGUACAUUUUCAGUCAGAUGCUGGAGAAUAAAUACGUACAUAAUAUAGCUGGCGAGGACAGGGUAACUCUGCUCAAUUGUAUUUGCUCGUUUAACUUAUUGUCCGCCAACUCAUUGUUCAUGCAUACGUAUUUGUUCACUUUUCAUGAAGGUCACAUUUAUAAUUUUGUAAGUACAGUUUUAGAUCCUGAUAGUGUUGAUAUCAUUUUCAUGCUUAUUUUGUCAAUACUACUAUUUUUAUUUUCUUAUUGUGUUUGGAGAUAUUUAUUAUAAUACCAUUAGCAUUUGCCGUUUUUCCCCCAGGGCUGUUUGUUUUUUUGUGCUGUUGAUGCUGUUGUUAUCGUGUGGUGUUUUCACAGAUGUUGAUGACAUUGUUGUACUUACUAUGAACUUAUUUUUAACAAAUUACUUUUUGUUAUAAUCGUGACAAUUUUUGUUCAGCAUGCUCAUGUACAUUGUGAAUCAUUGUGUAAAUGUGAACAACUCGAAUCUGUGAUCCCGAAAGAGAAAAAGAGAGGAAAUAAAAAGAAAAAAGAAAGAAAAGAUUACAAGAGCUA